AGAAUUCGUGGAGGGGAAAAGAAAGACAAAUAUAUAUAUAUAGUGUGUGUGUGAAGCGCAGCGCGGCACACGUUCAUAGAUUACGCAUCAUCUCCCAUAGAGAGCGGCGAGGAAGGAAAAAUCUACCCGCAGAAUACGACGUCCUUCUGCGAGUUCCGCGUGACGCCCGCAUUCCAUAGAACCCGCGUGCAGCAUCUUAACAACCACGGCACAAAACGCCAACAAACAAAAAGUGAGCUUUCACACUUUGAAUACUGUGGUUGGCGAGGUACCGGCCAUCCCCACUGAUGUUCCGUCGCUGCCGAUUCGCGUUGCACUCGCUGCCGUUUGUGCCGAUGGCCCUCAGCACACUCGACACCUUGCAGCAACGCCUCGAAGCCGCGCACUUAGGCACCGCCCCUGCCACCACAAAAACGUCGUUUUCCAUUGGCGGCACCAAUAAAGCGGAUCAGCUACAGUGGUUCAGCCCGCAGAGCCCCUCACCGUUCUUUGUUUCACCGAAGCACGACGGCGUACGCCUCAUCUCCUACGUGCCACCGCGCACGACAACAGCAUCGCCUUCCGACACAGUCGUGAAGUCUCGCUCCACGAAGCAAAAAAAUGCAAGGCGUCUUGCCGCAAUGUCAAGCAGCGAGGCAGGAAAGGCGAGGGAGCCACCUAUGACGUGCUACUCCCGCUACGGACGUCCCAUCUACGGUCUCUUCUGGAUCGAGGAAGAGCUGCAGCUGCUGCGUGCCCUCUGCGGCGACCCGACGCUCAUUGUGGACGGCGAGCUGUACCUCCACCAGAGCCUCAUGGACGCCGCGUCGGACACCUCGUGUAGCGCACACACCGUAGGAACUCACGACUCUGCACGUCUCUCACGUGCCGCAGAGACGAAGCCGCGCACCAAGAAGGUUCCCCUGUCUGCUCUUUCGAGUGAAGGCGACCCCACGAUCAACGCAGCCCGCACAACCUCCUCUGCUGAGCCGUUUAAAACCGGUUUCCUCGCCGUCUCCGCCCUCGUCCAUCGUCUGCGCGGUCCCAGUUUGCAAAGCGCCACCGAGAAGGACAUCCUACAGUACGUCCCUGCGCUGCCCCACCUGUGCGUAUUUGAUAUCCCGUCCUAUAGCCCGUCACCCAACCCCUUGAGCGAGCUGUCGAUGUCCUCCGCCUCUGCCUGGCCGUCGCUACUGCUUUCCGGUUCAUUAAACCCUCGCGCGAGUUUAAAGGAACGGCGUGCAGUCACGGCGGAGCUGCAGCGAGUGCGCCGGGCGGCCAUGGAACACCUACACAUCCGCGACGUGGAGCAGCUGCGUGUCGUGCCCAACGCCACGCCGUUCUCGCAGCGGCUGCGCGCCAUGAACUUCCUCUUUGAGCUGCUGACGAUCGCAACGGCGUCGCCGGUGCUGCAACGUCACUUCUGCCCCUCGCAAACCAGGCGGGAGGGCAACACAACGGCAGCGCCGGCUGCGGCGACAGACGCCGUGACCUACCACGGCGGUCACCACGUGUGUCGCAUCCCCUACCAACUCGUCACCUCCCUCGCGGAGACCACGCAGCGCCUCCUGCCCGCUUACGUCCGCCACAACUACGAGGGGGCGGUGAUACGCAGCCCACUGAACACCUACAACUUCAAGGAGAAGCGGAAGGGCACGAUUGCGGCUCUGCUGGCACCCCUCCUGCGGGCCGCCCCGCGCGAGCACAAAAACGGUCGUGCGCGAGCAAACCGUAGCAAGCGCGGUCGCGCUGCCCUUCUCCUCUCUCUUGCCGGCGAAAGCGGUGCAUCGAGCGGUGGAACGCUGAUGGUCCGCGCGUACUCUCACGGUGUCCCCUCCGUCGAGCCUCUCUCCCCCAUUGCCCCCUCCGCUGCAGCUCUCAGCGAUGCGGAGCGAGAAGCGCUCGACGUCGUGGAGGCUGGACAGCGAGCGGUGCAACGGGACAAGCUGCUGCCAAGGCGCUCCGAGACCGCCGUGAAGGUGCUCGCCUACCACGAUCGCGAGUACGCCAUCCUUCGCCCCCUGCUGAAGGAGCCGUCGAAGAACCCAAACACGCGCGUGCUCGUGUCGAUCCCGCGGUCGUCCGUGAGCGCCCUCGGCUAUCCAAUCAAGCCAGACACCGACACCGAAGGCGGGGAAGGCGAGGUGGGCGGCAGCAGGGGUAAAGCCCCUAAAGCACCGACAGCCAAGAAAAAGCUGUCGAAAGUGGCAGGGCCAUCUCCUCCCGCCGCCGCCUCUUCGGAGGGCAGUCCCGUGGUCGUCUUUUACGGUCUGCAGUGCUUAGCAGAGAAUGGGCUCGUCUUCAACGUCUCCAUGCCGAAGCUCACUCUCACCCAGCAAAGGGCGCUUCUGGACCACCUCCUCGCCGCCGGUAAGCGCUCCGCCGCUGCGGGACGUGGGGCGAAGGAUACGAAUGCGGCUGCGCAGAAGAGCAGGGCGAAGAAAACAUCGAAGGGACGGCAGAUGGCGUCGCUGACAGGGCUGUACGCGACGGUGAAGUUCAGCACCCUGACGGAGCACGGUCUUCCGCGCUUCGGAACCGUCAAGGCCAUCCGCGGAGGCAAAGGCUGGUUUAUGUAG